UGAUACUACUAUUUGUGUUUAGUGUUUACCAGUCACAGAGUACUUUGACAUAUUUAGUAUUUACCCGUAUACUACUCUUCCGGUGCUACGUAUAAUGAUAACAAUUAACAAUUAUGAUUUAAAGUAUUGAACUUUGAUACCGAGAAUUGAGAUAAGUGUAGAAAUAAAUUGACAAAACUUUCAAUACAUUUUUAUUUUCAAAACUAAUUUUAUUAUUAAAUAAUAAAUAUAAGCAAAAAGUGCCAACAUUAUGUUCGGUUCUCAUAAACUUUUAAACAAAAUGCCACAAAUAGUAAUUGCAAAUGGAACAAGCACAAAAUAUUUCCAUAGUUCUAGGUUAAAGGGAAAAGUGGCUAUUGUUACAGCAUCGACUGAGGGGAUUGGGUAUGCCAUUGCACAACGUCUUGGAAAUGAAGGAGCUUCAGUUGUUAUAAGCAGUAGGAAAGAAGAAAAUGUGAACAAAGCCACGGAAAAUUUAAGAAAGGAUGGUAUUCAAGUAGAAGGAGUUGUUUGUCAUGUGGGAAAUGAAGAACAGAGAAGAAAAUUAUUUGAUGUGGCUAAAAGAAAAUUUGGUGGUAUUGAUAUACUGGUAUCAAAUGCAGCUGUAAACCCUGCCGUUUCUCCAACCUUAGAGACUGAUGAGAAAGUUUGGGAUAAAAUAUUUGAAAUAAAUGUUAAAUGUUCCUGGUUAUUGGCAAAGGAAGUUUAUCCAGAAUUGAUUAAAAGGGGUGGAGGCAGCAUAGUGUUUAUAUCUUCUAUAGCUGGUUUUCAACCCAUUGAGCCCUUAGGUCCUUAUAGUGUUAGUAAAACAGCACUUUUGGGUCUAACAAAAGCAAUUGCUAAUGAGGUGGCAUCAGAAAAUAUUCGUGUAAAUUGUGUUGCACCUGGAAUUGUAGCUACAAAAUUUGCAUCUGCAAUAACUUCGACAGAUGUGGGAAAAGAAAAAUCUCUUUCUAUUGUUCCAAUGAAUAGAUUUGGAAAGACUCAUGAAAUCGCUGGCGCCGUUGCAUACUUAGUCUCAGAUGAUGCCACAUAUAUGACUGGUGAAACUCUUGUAGUAGCAGGCGGGACACAUGCAAGACUUUAAUAAAUAAACCUAAGUAACAAUAAUAAUAUAUCUGCUUAUAUAGAUUCUAUAUAACCUGUUAUAGACAAGGAAAAUUUUAUGAUGUUGUUAAUAUUAUGUGAAGUUGAAUUAGUAU